UCUUGAUUCGGCACGAAGAUUGGAUGCCUUGGAAUGGUUGGUGCAAGCGUUCGAUACCUUGGACUUGGCUGACGAACAGCUCUUCUCGGCCAUCGGUCUCUUAGAUCGCUACGCUGCGGCGUCCAACACGCCGAUCGCGGCUGGACCUGGAGCCUUUGCGCUGGUCUUGGCGGCCAUGCUCAUCGCUUUGAAGGUGUCGGGUUUCAAGAAGGACUUGGAGCAGGCACGGAAGUUGGUGGUGGAGGUCAGCGGCUCAUCCAGGCCCUGGAGCGCGGUCCGGAAGGCGGAGCUCAACAUCCUGCGACGGUUGGGCUUUCGAGCCUGCACUCCCACAGCAUACCAUUUGUUGGACCGGCUUCUAUCAGAUACCCUGAACGCACCGAGCGACAGAAGCGCCGUGGGGUCAGAAGACAUGGAAUGGGACAACGAAAGUAAGAUGCGGUGCAGCAGUCUGGCUUGCUUCCUG